ACAGUGACACGCUGUGCCUGUUUUGAAAUCCCCCCUAAAAACUGUGCAGAACCUACACACUCUGCACAAGCAGAUGUCUAAGAGAAAAAAAAAAAAAGAAGAAGAAAAGAAAGCACCUCCCAUAUUAAGAGAAGGUGGCUCGACGACCAGAAACUAAAUUUUGCAGAUCCGCGUUGUUGAGAGAACAGUUAGUGAUUUUAUGGUACACUACGUCCGUAGACGUCUGGAUUUCUUGACGUCAAAAGAAGUCUGAGCGCAUCCAGCGCUGCGCACAAGCUCAGCAACCACAUCUCUCCCAGAGGAAAGCAGGACACCGCACAGCUACAUAUCGCCAUUUAGCUUUAGUGUGGCGAAUCCAGUCAGCGUUGUAGGAUGCCUCUUGGAGAGGAUGGAAACGGAUGGAAGAAGAAGACAUCAGACAUCAAAGAACAUUAUGACUUCAAAGAAGUGCUGGGAACGGGGGCUUUCUCCGAGGUGGUUCUCGCAGAGGAGAAGAGGACUCAGAGGCUAGUGGCCAUCAAGUGCAUCCCUAAGAAAGCCCUUGAAGGAAAAGAGAACAACAUUGAAAACGAGAUCGCUGUUCUGCACAGAAUCAAGCACCCAAACAUUGUUUCACUGGAGGACAUCUUUGAGAGUAUGUCUCAUCUAUAUCUUGUAAUGCAACUAGUUUCGGGUGGGGAACUUUUCGACCGGAUUGUGGAGAAAGGGUUCUACACAGAGAGGGAUGCCAGCCAGCUCAUCCACCAGAUCUUGGACGCUGUAAAAUAUCUCCAUGAUAUGGGAAUCGUCCACAGAGAUUUGAAGCCAGAGAAUUUACUGUAUUACAGUAUGGAUGAAGACUCCAAAAUCAUGAUCAGUGACUUUGGUCUGUCGAAGAUCGAGGGAGCGGGCAGUGUCAUGUCCACGGCGUGUGGCACUCCUGGUUAUGUGGCCCCCGAAGUCCUCGCUCAGAAACCGUACAGUAAAGCUGUAGAUUGCUGGUCCAUAGGAGUUAUUUCUUACAUUUUACUCUGUGGAUAUCCUCCGUUUUACGACGAAAAUGAUGCCAAGUUAUUUGAGCAGAUUCUGAAAGCAGAGUAUGAAUUCGACUCUCCAUACUGGGAUGACAUCUCAGAUUCAGCCAAAGACUUCAUCUGUCAUAUGAUGGAAAAGGACCCCAUGAAGAGGUACACUUGUGAGCAGGCUCUCCAACAUCCUUGGAUAUGUGGUGACACAGCUCUGGACAAGAAUAUCCAUGAAUCUGUCAGCGCUCAAAUCAAGAAGAACUUUGCCAAAAGUAAAUGGAAGCAAGCAUUCAAUGCCACGGCGGUGGUGCGACACAUGCGGAGGCUGCAGCUGGGCACCAGUCUCGAGGGACCGAGUCAGAUUACUCCCACCAGUCCUUGCCAUGGACAUCUGCUCCCAGAGGAGGAGGUGGAGGAAGAGGAGGAUGAACUGGGAAAUGAGGAGGAGGAGAGCUUGUCGCACUACGAUGAUGGCCGCCGUGGAAGUAACGAGGGUAGCACAGAUCGGGACAGCCUGAGAAGCUGCACCUACUGCUGCAGGCCAACCAGUCGCAUCUGAGCAAGGCCUCCUGGUGUCAUGAUGAUUAAGUGUCUUUGGAGCACCCAGAACCCGCCCACCCAGUCUGGCCAGUAAGGCAGAGUAGAUAUUAGUCAAUGUCCACCAGAGCACAUACCCAGUUCUCCUCUCUUUUUUUUUUUUUUAAGAACCAAAUAUAUGUUGUUGUUUCUUUUUUUAAUUGUUUUUAAAUACAUCAUUAUUUUAAUGAAAAGUAUUUGACCGAUUCCAGAUUUUUAUUUUUAUUUUGUCACACUUCAAUAUUUUGCUGCAUCGUUAAGCAAAUUAUACUGUCAAAAGAUACAAGGGGAAAUACAAGAAGUAGUUCAUAAGUGAUGAUUUCAAUUAUCAAGGCAAACUAACCAAAGCAAGGUUAACUAAAGAGAAAGGUUAAUCACAGCUUUUGCCUCUAUUUGACCUUAUUGUUGUUCAAUUUUACAGCCACAUAGAGAACUAGUUACUGCCAGACCAUCAAAAUCAAGAAGGAACGUGAAAUAGGUUAAAAGAUCUCAAAAGAAUUAAACAGCAGAUGAGAAAUAAAAUGACUAAGUUUAAGUUUGUAAUGUAGGUCCUACAUUGUACCACAAUAAGUGUCAUUAUCCUCAAAUAGAAAAAAAACCAACCAACAUUGUCAUCUAGAAAAUCUCUUCUGCUGUGUAGAGCACUGCGCGCCUCACAUGCCUGAAACAUUUAGUCAUGACAACAAACCAAAAGCUGAAAAACAUCUGUAAGGCUGCUUUGAGAAUGCAGCUUUCUCAAGGCUGAAAGUUUAAAAAGGUCUAAGUCAGCAACUCAGAUUUAUAAUGAAAUUAUCUUUUUUGUGCAGCCAUAACAGAGCAUGUUUUUUUUUUUACUAACAGUUCAACAUGUUACCUUCACAGGGGCUUUCAAUCAAAGAAGCGUUCUUAAAGCUGUGUUAUUUAUCAUAAUUGUUGUCUCAUUAUGUGAAACAUCUACCUCCAAUCAUAAUUUCCGUGUCUGCAUCCCUCUGGCCCACACAAUACUGGCAGCUUUCCCUGAAAAAUCUGGCCAGGCAGGUUACAGAGAAAAUACCAUUUAAAGGGAACCAGUACUUAAAGAGAGUCCUGCAGGUCUUUCUACUCUUUGUUAAUGAAAUGUCAGCCACUGUCCAAGAGGUGACUCUAGUCAAGUAGCUGAACAUUGUUUCCCCCUCAAGUUAUGUUUUAAUGCCUAGUGAACAACUCAGUUUGUGUGGAACCUCUGCAAAACAAAAGUCCACUGAGGGAACAUUUUAGAUCAAAUAAACCAUUUCACUUAAAUUGAAUUCAGUUCUGCUGUAAUGUGAUUUGAUCAAAUUGUUUUAACAAGUAGAUACAGUAGCCUGUAACCUAAUCGACUCUUUUCGGUUUCCUAUUCAGUUCCAGUUUAGAAAUCUGUCCAACCAAGUUUACUCAUAAUUGACUUUAGUUUUUUUCCACUUACAUCUGGUUUUAGUCCAAUUGAAUCAGAUUUAGUCUCACUCUUACAAACUGAAUACUUCAGUCUAAUUUAUUAUUCUAAAUAAAUAAAUAGCUUCCAGUUUCUUCCAACUAAAUAUAAUACACUUCAGUUAGAAAGAGACAGAUUAACUCCAGUUCAUUCCAGCUGAGUAUAGCUCAGCUCAAGUAAUGUUUUAAAACUCUAAUUUAUUUGAGCUUUUUCACCCCCAAAUAUAAUCCAAUUCAGUCCACUGUAACACAGUUCAAACCAAAAAUAUUACUUAUAAAACUAGUCUAGUUUAUCCUAGUUAUCAUCCAACUGACUAAAAUUUACUAAAUAAUUUUAACAGAAUACAACAUAUAUAUAAGUCCCAAUAUAACCCACCAGAUUCAAAUUCUGUCACAUUUAUAGAUCUCAUUUACUCAUUUUCUAACUGACUGAAAUGCAUUUCAGUCCAUUGUAGCGCAAUUUAAUCUAAUUCUUUAUUGGAUAGAGUUUACAUCCAUAAAGUAUAUAGUGGGCAUUAAUGGCUGGAUAUUCUAUUCAUAAAUAAAUACAAAAUGCAAAGCGUAAAAUGUCAUUUUCCCCAACAAAUGCUGUUUUCAUGUGGAUGAGAAGUAAAACAAAAGUUCAGAUCAGGUGGAUAAUAAUAUUUAACAGUAACUGAGAUCAAUUGUCUUAAUGUUGACUGUCUAUUACUGCUAAAUUAAGUUUUUUUUAUUUGAUCAACUAUUGUUUUUUUUUUUUUUUUUCUUUUUUCCCUUGACUGAUUACCACUUUGUACAAACAACCUGGAGAUACCUGAAAGUAGCAAUUAAAACAUGGGGUUUUCGGACUCAAUAUUCUGGCUCAGACUGGGUUAGUAAUGGGUGGUUUUGACCUGAAGUGUCUGCAUGCUUCCUGUCGGGAAAAACCAUUGAAAUGUAUGAAUAUCCAAAAGGAGACAUUUUUGUUUGUUUGUUUUACGGCUGUUUUGUUAUCAGAGGUUCAAACUGAGAUCCCCACUAUGUCUUUAUAUCAUGAGCUCUUAUGCCAUGAGGAAGACAGAAACACCAUUUUGUUUUCAGCAGAAAAAUAAAAAAUAAAAUAAAAUAUAUAUAAAUAAUAAUAAAUAAAAUAAAGGGAUAAAAAUAAAGAAAUCCACAGGCUGUCAGUCUCCUGUUCUGGCCCAGACCCGGCUCAUGUUGAGUCGGGAGGAUCUCAGUCUGGGCGCUCUGCCCGCUCUGUGCUGUGCACCUCUAGUGGAAAAAAGUUUUGGUCUACUGUUUGCAUGACCUGGUUUAAUAUGUUUACAUGAAUGAUGAUCAAUUAGUAUAAAUACACAAUUUAAUAUUACUAUGUUGUAUUGAAAACUGAUGUAAUUUUUGAGCUAUAUAAUGUGAAGUGAUUAACACCUGAAGUAAUCUUGACAAAGUACAACACAGCACAGACUUAUCAUUUGCAUUGACUCAAACAGUCAAGUCUCUUUCUGAGUGAUAUUUUUCCUGUACUUUAUUUAUGGCUGUGUUUUUCUGCUUGUUUUUCCCCCUCAUCUUUGACCCAAGUAAAAAAAAAAACAAAAAAACAAAAAAAACACACACACACAUAUCAGCUAUUGUGCUAAGUUAGUACUUUUUUUUAAAUCUAUUUUCAGCAGGGUCUUAAAAACAAAUGUACAAGUAGCAACAACUGGCUGCUGGAGUGCACUAUUUACAUUUGUCCUCUUAAGGAAAAGACAUGAAGCCAUACAUAGAUUGUGAUACAUGAUUUAUUUUGUUUGUUUACUUAAUUAAUGUACAACUCAACAGCCACUCCAAUUCUACAAGUGAUUGAAAACACAUAAUAUCAUUGCUGCGACUUAACCACUGAAUUAAAAAGGCCUAUAAUCCUGAUAUUCUUCACAUCGUUAUCGGUAUAAAAGAAUGUAUCCCAUGACAUGUUGGAUUCUGUUUUAAGAAAAAAAAGAAAGCUUUAGAAAGUCAGUGAACAAACCCAUUAACUGAUCCUCCUUCGUUAAAGAGUUUUGUUUUAUAUGUAGCUGUUAAUGUGGGUCCAUAGUACUAAAAAAACAACAAAAAAACAAGGCAAAUCACUCUGGAUUUACAUGACUGUAAUUGUGGAAUAUAUGCAAACUGUGUUUGAAGGGCUUCAUGUUGAGCAAAAUAUAUAGCCAAUGUUGAUGACUUUGAUAACCUGGCCAUUAUAUGUUUGGUAAAGACUUUCUGUUGGGAUUUAUCUCGACCUGGCUAUGUUUUCUUUUUUUCAAAGCUUCUGUUACCCGUUACAAACACACUAAAAUGCAUAAAGAAACACAUGUAUAUUAUAUAUAUAUAUAUAAAAUAUAAAUAUAAGUAUAUAUUGUAUAUCCUUUUUUGUAAAAGCUGUUUUGAGCUACAAAUGUAUGGAUGCAAUGCAUCAUGGGUUAUUGAAAAAAGUUGUAUGAAAAUACGAUUUGUACCCACAAAGAAAUGACUGCAGGAAAUGAAAUAAAACUUCCUUGUCUAUGCAUUGUUUGUAUUGUCAUGGGACGAGACAGUGUUUAAAGUGGAAAGUAAAAUGAGAAAACAGAUUCAGUUGUGAACAGAUUCAGGUCACAGAUAACUACUUGCAUUCUUUACUGUGUGCUUUGGUUUAAUGUUGUAGCUGUGCAGACAUUUCUUGGCCCUGCAGGGGAAGUUGACUUUGUAUUUGAUGAAUCAUUCUUUGUAAUUUAGAUACAUGUUGUGGAUCUUAAUGCUGUGGAAAUAGCUGAGAAAUUUGCUGAUCAAGCCUAUCAGAUUGUCGUUUUUAUGGUUCCUAGUAUUUCAAAGAACUUUGUACUUCAACAAAGAUCACAGUGCCUUUGGAAGAGAAACAAGCCCAUAGCAUCACAGAUCUCUUUACCUAAUUAAGGCAGCUUUUCAAAUUUUUCAUCAGUACAAAUCCAGUGUGGAACGAUGUUUUUGCAGAAAAAUUAAGUGGUCUGGUUGAAAUAACUUUGGAUAAACUCAACAUAUCAGGACAGCCUCCCAACUAACUGUUUGUCAUGUCGACACAGACUAACAGCUGUGAUAGAGACUUAGAUGCCUCUUUCAGCUGCAUCUCUGAGAAUCCUCCUAUUUGUGUUGGCAAGACAGACAUGAGUCCAGACCCAGCCUGGUGGCCAGUGGAUUUGAGAAAUGUUAUGCUUGGAAACAGAAAAUCUUAGAUUGCUGUAUGUUUACAGAAUGAUAAUGUUUACAUUUUAAGAAGUAUGCAUUCAGAGCUGCAUGUAUUCAAAAGUGCUGUUUGAGGGAUGAAUAAUUAUGACAACGGAGAAUUAGUGGAUUUAGUAAAAAAAAAUAAACUUUUUUUAAUUAGGGAUUUUUUCAGCUUCAGAUGAAUUGUUCU